UCGGUUGCACUUUUUAUUCUCCAAAUCCUUAUAUAUUUUACAUGCAAUUUUAUGGAAAGGAAUUGACAUAACAAACAAAAUCGAAAGUCUUUUCUUGGAAUCUAAGUUCAAAAAGUUUUUCCUGAGUUUUGGUCAGAUCGAACUUCAGAAUGGAAAAUUCCUUUAGUGAGUUUACACAUAAAACACCCGAAUUUAAUUUAGAACUAACCGAGAGUCAUAUACAAGGUGACAUAAUUAAUUCUAUUGACUUUUCUCGAGAAGGAUCGAUGGUGGUCGCAGCUUGCGGUGAUAUGAUUAGCACUCAUAAUAUUAUAAUAAAUGGCAAUCCCUCUGUGAUCAAUUGUCAGGAAAAAGGCGCCUCUCAUGUGAAUUUUACUCAUGACAAAAAUAAGGUUCUUCACGUUACCUGUAAUGGACAACAAGUAGUACGUAUGCUUGAUAUAGAAGCUAAGCAAUAUGUAUGCGACUACUACAGCAAUACAGAAAACACCGAUGCGUUGUGUCUCAGUCCAGUACCAUUCCAUUUCGUUACAUCCACCGAUAGAAAUAAAAUAAAAAUAUGGGAUUUGCGCAUACCGGAAUCGCAUACUACGUUUGAAACCAAUGCUCGCGGAGCGGUUGCUUGUCACAUAGAUGGGCUCUGGAUUGCGGGGUGCAAUGAAUAUGGUGUACACAUAUAUGAUAUGCGGCUUUCACAUCUUGGUGCUAUAAUGAGUUAUGCCAGGCGCUGUGUUUUCAAUACUUACAGUUGCAUUAAAUUUGCCCCAGAUGGACGAAAAAUGGUAGUUGCUAGUAAUGAUUUUGUUGAACUUAUAAACGCGCAUACUAUCGGACCAAUUCGUACAUACACUGGGUUUUCCACGGACUCUAGAGUCGUUAUUGAAACCAGUUUUAACCAUAAUUCCAAUUUACUUUUUACUGGUAGUUCAAGCAGUGAUGCUUUUCUUUUUGACGUUAACAGUAGUAAUUGUGUUCAUAAGCUUAAACAAAAAGAAAAUUCCUGCCCUGUGCAUUGUGUUAAGCAAAAUCCUUGCUAUAUGUGUGUGUGUACUUCUAAUGGUAAAAAGUUGGACUUUUGGACCCUAAAUGAAGAUUACUUCAAAGAUUUAACUGCACCUAAACGCAAAGCUGGAAAAAUUUAUCACAUUUACUAUGAUCAGAAAACAACAGACACAAAAGCAGCGUCAGCAAGAACUAAAACAGUGAUAAUUGCACCUAAGGUAGUACCUACUAAAUUAGCACUAACACCAGUUAAGGUCACACCUGCUCAAACAGUUUUACCUACUCGUACAACAGUGUUAGAACCAUUUUCAUUAACAACUGAUGAACCAACAGAACCAACAGAGCUAACAGGACUAACUACACCAAGUGCAACAGAAUCAGCAACACAUUUAUCAUCUACUGCAUCACUAUAUACCCCUGCAUAUGCAUCAGAUACGCCAACGGAUCCACUGACAUUAGAAUCAUCUUCUACGACCACGUCAUUCGCUAUUUAAUAAUUGAAACUAAAGGCGAAACACAUCAACCUUUACAGUAUACAAUGCUAUGAGAGUAGUCACAAGUGAGGAGCAAAAGAAACAUAGCUUAUGUAUUAAACGUAAACACAAGAAAAAAAUUAUUUACUGGAGGUUUUUAUGGUUCCACGAUGGAGAUCUGUUGUAGUAAUACCGGUUUAAAAGAUAAUUUACAGUAUUUUGAGUAUAUACAUAUAUAACCUAUCAU